AUGAGGAUGGAGGGCAGGGAGGAGAUGCAGGGCGCCGUGGGGCUACGCUGUACCUGGGACAUCCCGCCACCCGCUGGCACCCAGGCCAAGUGGGUGAGGCUCAAUGUGGGGGGCACCGUCUUCCUCACCACCAGGCAGACCCUGUGUCGGGAGCAGAAAUCUUUCCUGUGUCGCUUGUGCCAGGGCGAGGAGCUGCAGUCGGACCGGGAUGAAACUGGUGCAUAUCUAAUAGAUCGAGACCCCACUUACUUUGGACCGAUUCUGAAUUUCCUCCGUCAUGGGAAGCUGGUCCUCGAUAAAGAUAUGGCUGAAGAGGGGAUUCUUGAAGAAGCGGAGUUCUAUAACAUUGGUCCUUUGAUCCGAAUAAUCAAGGAUCGAAUGGAGGAGAAGGACUACACAGUGACACAGGUGCCUCCUAAGCAUGUCUACCGUGUGCUGCAGUGCCAGGAAGAGGAGCUCACUCAGAUGGUUUCCACUAUGUCAGAUGGAUGGCGCUUUGAGCAGCUUGUGAACAUUGGCUCAUCCUAUAAUUAUGGGAAUGAGGAUCAGACAGAAUUCCUCUGUGUGGUCUCCAAGGAGUUGUACAACUCCCCCAAUGGCCUGAGUUCUGAGCCCAGCCACAAAGCCAAGAACACAGAGGACCUGGAGGAGGAAGAGCAGGAGGUGGAGGAGGAGGCAGAGGCAGAAGCAGAAGCAGAGGAGAAAGACUGUCCAUCUAUUCGGGAUUGUGCUAAACUCUCUUCCUGCGGACCCUCCCUCCUGCUCCCUUCCGUGUCCAUCCCAGCACUGUCAUCUACCUCCCACAUUGCCCCACUCGCCAGCCUCCAGCAUCCUUCCCUCUGCUCUCUUUGUCCCCCAGGGCUCAGAGUGGUCUCUGCCCAGGGCCCUGUCUCUCUCUGCUCCUCACUUUUCCUCCUCUGCAGGUAUGUUACCUGUCUGCACUCCCAGCUCCUGCCAGCCUGAGCUCUGCAUGAGUGACUCACUUCCCUCUUGUGGCUGUUACAAGCCAGAGAUCUGAGGAUGUGAUCUGAACACUCCACUCCAGCCUUUUCAUUUCUUGUUUAUAUCUUUAUUUUUGUACUGCAGUGUAUGGCAGCCCCUUGUCCCCACAGUGACGCCCCCAGCCCUCUACACUCUUGACAUGCAACCAUUUUUUUUUUUACCAACUCACCUCGGAGGCUUGAGCUUCCAGCCCUGGAGGAGGGCAGAUGCUCCGUGGAGCCCCUGAGCUGCUGUAGGAGCGGGAGCCCACGGCCCCCUCCUAUGCCUGGCAGUCUGGCUUUCCUUAAUGUCACAGUGGCCCCUGGUGGGGACAUCAGCGAUCAGCCACUGCAGCCUGCGGUCCCUUCCCGAGCACGCUGGAUGCAGAUGGGGACCGAGGUGGUGGCAGCUGUGGAAGGACCAGCCCUUGCCCUUUCACUGUUGCAGGCAACUAGUGUGGGCUUGUGGCCUGGGGACAAAUGCAGAGCCACCAUCCUUUUCUGGGCCUCCUGUAUCACUCGGAGGUGUCUCUGUGCUGGGUAUCACGUUCCUUGGUGCUUCCCUCCCUAUCCCCCAAAGCAGCUCUGUGCCAGCAGUGUGAGGAGGAGAAUGGUGUGCUGCCUGGGUACCAGGAACGUGCUGGUACCUGAUGUUGUGUCAGCCACCACCAAACAGAUCCCAGUUUUGGGGAGCGGGGCAUUUGCUUCACUGCUGUGUCUGAAGACUCCUGAAUAAAAUUCACAGUCUGUUCCUCCUUGCUGCCUCUCA